GUAACUUUUUAGCCUUUCUUUGAUUGGAGAAAACCCUUUCUCUGAUAAUUUCCGUUAAAAAGGUUUUUUAACCGUAGAUGGUGGUAAUUAAAAGCUUAUUUUUGUGACAAGCUUUUGUUUUUAACUAACGACCAUUUCAAUUUCAAUUACCGAUUACAUUCCUUUCCAUAUUGUGACUUGCCACUUGUUCCUUGUUAAAAAUGGUCCAAGAAAAUAUUGUGCUUCGUUGUGUUCAAUGUGACAUGUAUCAAAGUCAGCUAGUUAAACAGUCCGGCAAAUGGACGUGUGUUAUCUGUGGACUGAAACAAUCAAUUCAGAGGGUUUACUAUCAUGGUUCUGGUGCAGAAUGUCGAUUGCAGGUUCAAAGGUUAAACAUGGCAAAUGAAUCGUGAUAACAAGUUUGUCAUCAUCUGUUAUUAAUUGAAACUAGAGCAACGCAAUUUUACAACAUCAACAGUACAUUCAUCAGAAACACCAAUAACAUCAAACUCAUCCAUCAACAUAUCGAUUUCAGAGUGUAACCAAGAAUCAACUUUAACUGCGAAAACAUGUUUACUAUGACCUAAGGCUGUUUAAUGAUGAACCUAAUAAUAAAUGAAUUAACCGUUUUCAUGUUUCACUUUCUGGUCGUCAUCUUAAUUUUACAUCAACAAACAACAAUAAAAAUCAACAAAAACAACAAUUGGGUUAAAACCAAGUUUGCUUCUGAUGCUUAAAUUGGACAACAAGAUAAAGCUAUAAUUGCUGACCAUUUACAAUAUUACAAACGGAAAAGCCUACCUAAACAUUUAAACAAUAAGGAAUCAAUUGUGAGGCAGAAAUAGAUACACUAUUAAACUGAUCAAUAAACUCAACACAAUGAUCCAUUAGCGAUUCUCACAGUGUGAUCAAACCAGAUUACACGCUUAUUUCAAUUUUAUAUUUUUGAUUGUACCCCGAGUAUAACAUCAUGUAAUAUGCUCCUGACGAAAGUGUAAGCUUCUUCCAAUAAAUUGUGUUUAUUCAAAAGUUGAUUGCUGAUCAUGGAUUAAAUUUUCACCUAAAAUUUCAAGUUCACAUUGGAAAGUCUGGCCUCUACCGGCUUUAUUUAACAACUGCAAGAUUGUCUCUUUCAUCAACAUUAACUAGGCGCCUCUUUUUAUUUUGCUGUGAAUGUUGCUUGUUUUUUGAUUAAUUACCUGUGUUAGUGUAAAAUGGCAUUAUUAUCCGUCUUUAUUAUAACUUGUUACCAACUAAUUGUUAAUUAAAUUAUGUACACUAAAUGUAAAGCCGUGUGGGGACAUUGGCCUCUCGAUUUCAAAAUACCAUUUAGCUAUUUUACAUCUCAAUGGACAUGAGGCGACUCAAGCUUUUACUCCUGCCAAUUAUUAAACUUGACCAACAAUUAUAGCCAAGUUGAUCAUCAUCACCAUGACUGUUGAGAAUCAUCAUCAACAUCCUAAUCAACAUUACAAUCACAACCACCAUUUUCAUAUUCAUUAGCUGCUGCUGUAAAAGUUGUCCAUCUAUUUUGAAAAAAUUGAAAUAAUGAAACGAUGAUAAAGAUUUAAUAAUCUUCCACUAUUUUUUUGAGCAUCAUCAUCUUACUUGAUUUGCAACUCUUAUUUUAGUUACUCUUGAUUUGGAAAUCUGCACGUUCUUCACUAUCGACCUUGUUUUCAGGCCACUUUUCAUGUUAUAUUCCGUCCCAUCAUCUGCAGAUCCCCGUUUCAUCCUUUAAAGGUGGUACCAAAGGUUUUUCAUCUUCAUCUUGAUAUGUUUGUGAAACUUCAUAAGAUUGUUGAUGAUCAUUAACAUCUCAAAAAUGGUAAACCAACUGAGAAAGUUAAUGAAUGAGAAAAAAAGAGUGAGAUUAGAUGAUAUUUUGAUUGGUAAACAGCAAUUUCAAGUUUCCUUCAAUUCAUUCGGGUUUCACUGAAUCGUUAGUGAAAGUUUGAUGAUACAUGAUUGAUACUAAUAAUAUUAUCAAUUCUAAAUUGUUGCUUCUUGAUUUCAAAUCCAUUUGAUUUGUUGAUUCCAAUUGAAGUGGUUACAACAAUCUUUGAGCUUAAUUCCUAUUCCCAAGUAAUCGCUAAAAUAACACUUAAAUGUUUCAACCGUUUCAUCUUACAUUGGAUACAUACUUAUUGGUACCACUAGUUGUCAAUUAGUUGAUAAUUCAUCGGUUAACAGAUUAAAUUUGUGGGAAUUGUAAUCCAAUAAUUCAAAAUGAAAAUGUUACUUUAUGUAAUUAUCGGAUUACUUACCUCUAGUUAUACGAUUACACUGACUACUGGUUCAGUUCCUGCUCAAGCUAACGGAUUAGUGUCUAUGCCAUCACCUAAAAAUCCAUUGGAUAUUCAAGUGAUUAAUUCUCUAUCAUUGCCAUCAUUAUUACCAGUGCCUUCAUCUUUUCCUUCAUCUUCACCUAUUGUAUCGCAACCAUCAUUUAGAUCACCAAACCCAUCUUUCCCUAAUGUUCAUCCUCAAAUGUUACCAGUGGUUUCACCCAAUCAACCUCACCUUUCAAAUGGAUUAACUUCUAAAUUAAAAUCAAAAUUACCUUUUUGGUCUAAAAUGUCACCAGCAGCUGAUAAAAGAGCACUGAAUUUAGUUCGUCUUACCAAUCAAUAUCAACGUGGUAUUCCUAAUGCAAUGGCUCUUUAUCAGGCAAUAUUAGAGCAACAUGAACGUCGCUGGAUGUUGGACAGUCCUGAAUUUAGACAUCAAUUUCCACCUGGACAUCCUGAAAUGAUGAUGCGAGCCUCCAACAGAAAAGUUGGCAAAGUCGUUAAUCGUAUCAUGUCUAGUUUCAUUGGUGAUUGUGUUGGUGUAAUUAUCUCGGAGAUAUUUCGUAAAAUGGGUGAAGUGGCUGGUGAAGUUGCUAGACUGGUUAUUAGUAACGCUGCUCGACACAUUCUGGGCAGAGAAGAGUUAUCGAUUAAACCAUCAUUACCUUCGAUUUUACCUUCACCCGACAAGACAGUCAGUCGGAUAAUCCAAGCGAUAAAGCCAAAAGUUACCAAGAAAACGGUCUAACUUUAUUCAUAAUCGACAACACCAUUAAUACCCUUUUGACCUCGCCAUUGGUUUUAAUUCUCGCAGUUAAUGAUCAAUAUUUUCUCCAAAGAGUUAACUGUGUUCAACUAGACAAGUUCAGAAUUUUCAACCGCUUCUAUACAUUCGUGAAAUUUUUAUCUGUGAUAUUUAUUCUUCAUUAUUCAUAUCGAAUCAAUUAAUCAAAGGACGAUAAUCAAUUUCAAUAUUGAUUUGUAUUAAUUUUGUUUCUUCAAACAUUAAAGAAAUCCAAUUUACUUACGAAA